UCAGUGAAGGUAAAACUAAACAAAACAGACGAGCUGCAAGCUUCUUCGGACAACAACCUCUUCGUUCUUACACACUGAAACUAGUGAUCACAUCCGACGGUCAUGGCGUCCUCCAGCGGUCCACUAAACGAGGAGCUCCUGUGCUCCAUCUGUCUGGAUGUGUCCACUGAUCCGGUCACCGCUCCAUGUGGACACAACUUCUGCAGAACCUGCCUGAACAAGUUCUGGACAAACACUCAGACCUGCUUCUGUCCAUUCUGUAAAGAAACUCUGAAACAGCAGAAAAAGACUCUCACCUCCAUCGACUGUUUCCUUAUUUCAUCUCGAACAGUCCACAUUUCAAACUGGAUGAUUAUUAGUCUGGGUUUUCUGUUGGUAGCCAUAUUGCUCACCUUUCCUAAACCAUAUUCUGCAUCUGACCCCCGAACCUUCACCGAUUUCAGUCAAAAGGUUGAAGAUCUGCGGCAGGAAUUCAGUCAGCUGAAGAAAAGCACAUCGCUCUACGUCUCGCAGAUGUACUCAUUAAAUGAAAAACUCCAUAAAGCCGCAGGUUUGAAGUGGGCACAGUUAUUUGCAGUGGAUGUGACUCUGGAUCCUGAAACGGCGAAUCCGUCUCUCAUCCUGUCUGAUGAUGGAAAACAAGUCAGUCAUGGAAACAUUAAGCAGGACGUCCCAGAAAACCCAAAGAGGUUUUCAAUGAUUUCGGUUCUGGCAAAGCAGGGAUUCAGUUCGGGCAGGUUUUACUUCGAGGUGCAGGUGAAGGGAAAGACAGCGUGGAGUUUAGGGGUGUCCAGAGAAUAUAUUAAGACGAAGGGAAACCUGCUGACUCCAGUGAAUGGAUUCUGGGCUGUGACUCUGAGGAACGAGACUGAAUAUACAGCGGGUGAAACACCAUCUGUCUCUUUAUCUCUGAAAGUGAAACCUGAGGUUGUGGGAGUGUUUGUGGAUUAUGAGGAGGGUCUGGUCUCUUUUUAUGACGCAGGACACCAAUCUCAUAUCUACUCUUUCACUGGUCAGACUUUCACUGACAAACUCUAUCCAUACUUCAGCCCAUACCUUAAUAAAGGAGGAAAAAACUCAAAGCCACUGAUCAUCUCACCUGUCAGUUAAAAUCAACAAAUCUUCCAAAAUGAAUAAAUGAAAGCUAUUCCGAAUACCUUUUAACCAAACAUUAUUAUAUCUAUAACAGUUCAUAUACAAUGCACAAGUGAUAAUGUAAAUAAAUUAUGUAAUUUUUUGAGCGAUUAGAUUUUUUUUAAUUAUAUAUAAGCUCCAAUUCUUUUACUUAAUGAAAGUGCACAUCAAUCUGCAAAACAGGGACAUGUAAUAUUUACAUAUGUGCUGAAAUGGGUUUAAAUUCUCAAAUGUCAAUACUGGAUAGAAUAAUGCAUUUUUAAUGAAAUGUAAUAAAACGAUGCGUGUACCUACAAUAAAAAUUUAUAUUUUGAAUGUG